AUCUUCCACCAGUGGGCAGCAUGAUCGAGAAUUUCGGAGCUUUACAACAAGUAAGAUGGCCUCCACCGACUCCAGCUUACCAAGUGAAAAUCCCGCCAAGAAGGAGGAUGAAUUUAACGAAUUUUACACGGAGGUUAAAGAAAUUGAAAAAAGAGAUUCUGUGCUGACCCCCAAGCAACAAAUUGAUCGAUUAUUGCGACCUGGUUCAACCUACUUUAAUUUGAAUCCAUUUGAAGUUUUACAAAUUGAUCCAAGCACAGCAAUAGAGGAAAUAAAAAAGAAAUACCGUCGUAUGUCAAUUUUGGUGCAUCCUGACAAAAAUCAGGAUGACGCCGAAAGAGCACAGCAAGCCUUCGAAAUUGUUAAUAAGGCGUGGAAAACUUUGGAAAAUGAGGAGACUAGAUCAAAAUGCAUGGACGUUAUUGAGGAAGCAAAAGCGCGGACUGAUCACAUGAUUGCAGAGAAAAAGAAAAAGCAAAAGAAAGAAGGAAAAUCUGAAAACUCCGGUCCGACACUUUUAGAGGAAGAAACUGAGGAAGGUUACAGACACGCAGUUUGGGUUAUGACAAUGAAACUGUUCGCCGAUAUGGAGCGAAGAAGACGAGAAUUGGCCACAAGAGAUGCAGAACAGCGUAAAAGGAAACGCGAAGAGGAAUUAUCUGCGGAAGCUCAGGCAGCAAUGGAACGCGAAUGGCAACGAAACUUCGAGGAGUCCAGGCAAUCACGCGUCGACAGCUGGAAGGCGUUUCAAUCCGGUACAAGCGCCACAAAGCAGAAGAAGGCAAAGAAGCUGAAGGCCUUUAGGCCGCCAAAAACGAAGGCAGAAUCGCGAUAAUCAUAAUCAUCUCUCGUUUUUCUCUACUUCCAGUGUGCAGAUUCUGAUUUUAAUCGACGCAAUGUUUUAUCUUACAUUAGAGAUUUUCUCGCAGUUAAGGUAGGUUAAGAAAUCUAAUACUGCGCGAUCAUUUUAUCUUGAAAUUAAAAGAUGGGAAGAUAUUCUGGAUCCUCGGUCCUUUUGAUUCCAAGCCAUCCAGUUAUGAGACUUAAGACUUUUGAUUUCAAUAUUCAUUGUUUAAGCAUCGAGAUUCAAAUUUUUGUGGAAUAUUCUCACAUUAAUUUCAAUUUCACUCAUCUAUUACAAUAGCGGCCACUAUUAUCUUAGGAUAAACUUUCGACGGCAUCUUUUUAUUUAAUUGAAAUUAAAAGAUUAUCAUCGUAAAUUAUUGAAUCUCUUCUACUUAUUAUUAAAUUUAACUUGAUAUUGCUCAUACAACGUUCAGAGUAAACAAACUUUUGAGAGGUUUAAUAAAAUUAAUUGCAAGUUCAUCUUCUUGCUUAAAUAAUCGUGAUUCAAAGUUAGAGUAAAGGCACACCGAUAUUACUGCGAGUAAAAUCUUCAAAGUAAAUUUGAGCGUUACUGCAAAGGGAAAUAAUACACGGAAAAUGCAGAGUAAUAGUAAAGUUAUUGAAUGAAUGAUGAAUAAUGGCGAAUGCGUCUCUUUAUGUACGUGGUUGAUAGCAGUUUCGUAUGCAUGUUCGUUGCAAAUUCAUUUUGAAAACGGCAUAAAUCAUUAGUCUUUAAUCAAAAGUCUUUAAACGAACAAAAUUGUAAUUCUAAUUUAAAUAUUCUAUUCUAUUUUAUAAUUAAAUAUUUUAUUCUAGUAAACUAAUUUAAACAAGAUAAUAUAAAUAUUUUUGCUUUAUUUAAAUUGUACCCUUAUAUCGUUUUCAAAAUGAACGACUCAAUUGUGAGAGUCUCUUGUGUGUAAAUCUCUUCGCAGAGUUUGACAAUUAGGGAAUUUUUCGCAACGUUGAUGAUUAGCAUAUGUACAAAAAAGAAAAGGAAGAAUGAAAAAGAUACAUUUCUCUGGAACAUUGUGCAUUUGCAGUAUCUUGAUUCAUUGCGCAACAAUUGUCAAUUUUAUAAUCUACAUGUGUCUCGUACUUUUAAUUAUUAAACGUACGAUUGUCCAUUACAGAGAAAGUACACAGUUGGAUACAUUUAAUGUACUGUGACGCGAAUUUAUAUACACAAUAUUAGGGUGACAUCAUACCCUAUUUCUGUAAAUGCCAAAUUCGCGCAAAAAUUAACUUUCAAAAAUUUUAGAACUGAAAAUUAUAUGGAAAUUUAUAAUAAAAGACCAUACAGAUUUAACAUUCUCACACUCACCAUAACAAAGUAAUAUAUGUUAUACAUACAGAAUAUUGACAAAGUCUUAGAACAAUCUGUGAUUUAACAGUCCGAGUCUUAAAUCGUCAAAAUUUUUGGUAUAUCCCGAAAAAAAUUGCUAAAAUCUUAUAAAAUUAUGAUGAAAUUUUCGUGCCAUAAAAAAGGAUCACUUUGCAUUAUUGCAGAGGCCUCGCUGAAUGAGAUCUCGGCUUUUCGAGACGUUAAUUGAAUCUAAACUUCGCUAUUCACAGAGAGAAAGAUUUCUUCAGAUUUAAUAAACCAUUUUAUUCGACUAUUCUAAAUGCACAUAUUUCUUUAGAUUUAAUAAAAUUAAAACCAAAGAAAUAUAUGCUUUGGAAUAGUCGAACAAAACUAUUUAUUAAAUCUAAAAAAAUAUUUCUCUCCGUGUGGGUAUAAUAGCAUGAUAUGAUUCUUUUAUAACUUCAUGAACGCUGCAGUAUUGCGAAUGGCAUCUAGAUCUCGCGAAGAUCUCGAAUGAACGAAAAUGAUUCGUGAUCUUUGGAGUUUAUUGUGAGAUGCGAAUAUGCGUAUAAAUUGUUUCUAAAAGACUGUUCACGCUGCACGAUGUGCCGCAAUUUCAGACAUAAUUGUCUAAUAAUGUGUAUAUAUCGCUACUGAAAUAUA